AUGCUAUACCACAACACUGGUAACGAAACAAUCUAUAUUCAUAAAUGGUCUUUACCAGACCAAGAAUUAGAACAUCCACUAUUCAAAGUAACCUGUAAUGAUGUUCCAGUUAAGUAUAUUGGUCCAUUGGCCAAACGAGGUGCACCGACCAUUAAUGAUGUGAUUCCUCUAGCACCUGGAAAAACUAUAGCUACUUCCGUUCGACUAUCAUCAGCAUAUGACAUGAGUAAGACUUGCAAGUAUGGAAUCAAAUACAAUAUGCCAACUGAACGUGUUACCUUCAAGCAUCCUCGUUCAUUGAGGAGUAUCCUUGUCAAGUCCAUUAGGUCUCUUCAAACUGAUAUACAGUCGAAUGACAUGGAAUUGACAAUUGAAGGUCGUCCUAAUAUCCAACGUCAACAAAAUAAGAUUAUGAAUUUACGUAAAAGAGCAGCCAUUCAUCGUUAUAGUGCUUGUUGGCCAGGCCAGAAAUCCCAGAUUAUUUCUGCAGUAUCUUCAGCUGUUAGCUAUGCUGAUAAUGCUUUCAAGUAUAUGAAUGUGAUGAAACCAUCUGGAACAAACCGCUACACGAAUUGGUUUGAUCAUAUUUUUAUUGUUCUGUAUGCCAUGUUACAUACAAUGCUGACUUUAUGUGAGUGUGAAACAAAUGAAUCAUAUGUAGCUAUUAAACCAAUAUAUGGUGAUUUUCUUUAG